AUGUACAGAGUAUUUUAUGAUUUUGAAUGCAAUCGAGAUAAUCCUAAUAAAAGUGAAGAGAGUGAGUGUAUAAGCUAAGUAAGAGAAUUUAAAGAAGAUGAAGAAUUAUCAGUCAUAUCUUCUGUAGGUUCAUAUCAUUCAGAUGAUGAAAUUAGUGAUUCUGUAUAUAUUACAGAGACAUAUGAAAAAUAAUAUAAAGAAUUUGAUUUUGAUGAGUUUAGUAAAUAAUCUACUAAGAAAUUUUAUGAAGAAUUUAAUAAGACUUUUGAUAAUAAAUAGAAAUAAGAGAAACAACAAUAAGAUUAAUUUAAUAAUAAUGAAAAAUAAUAAGAAAAUGAUUAAGAUGAAGAUUUAAUGAAUAAAAAAAUUAAAGAAUUAAAAGAUUAAUAAAUAAAAAUGAAAAAAGAUUUUAAUAUUAAAUUAAAUCUCUAAAGAGAAGUAUUUUUAUUAUCUAUAGAUUGUAAAACAUUUAUAUUUUAAAAUAUUGAUUAUGGAGAUAAUUAUUCUGUGUUUUUUUUGGUUAAAUGUUUUCUAAAUCUAUAUUUUUAUUAAAUUUAGAAGUAGAUUUAUAUCUCACUUAAUUUCAUUAUUAAUAAAAUUUAAUUGAGAUGGUUUGUAUAUUCUUAACUUUUGUAGCCAAUAAUAUAUAUUACUUAUUUUUAUAAUCAUACUAAAUUUAAACAAAUCUAGAUAUUAAAAUAAAAUGAUUCAUUUGGAAAAAUAGGAUUUUAUAUUAAAAACCAAGAAAUUUAACUAUUAAAAGUGAUCGAUUAACUAGAUUAUUAAAAAUAGAUAGAACAACAUUCUUAUAAAGUUUAAAUUUUAAUGAUAAAGUAAUCAUAUUUUAACAAUUAUUUUAUUAAUGAAGAGAUAAAAUAUUAUUUAAUAUAGGUUUACCAAUAAAAAUAUGCUUUUUGUUUGAAUGAUGAUCAUAUUAUAACAAGAUGUCCUUUAUUGACUAAAUUUAUGAAAGAAUGUAUUUAUUAAUAUUAUCUAUAUAUUAAUAUAGAUAAACGUAGAUAUUAUAAGGAUAUGAGAGCAUUAGAAUUUUAUUAAUAUGCAUCAUAAUAUGAAAUGGCAUUUUUUAAAUUAUUUUCAAAUUAAUUAUAAUUAUCAUAAUUUAGUUAAAGUCAAAUACCUUAUGAUGAUUUAGCUAUACGUGAUUCAAAUGUCAGUUAACAAAAUUUAUUAGAGAAAAAUCCGUGUUAAAUCCGCUUCAUUUACUUCAUUUAUGAAGUAAUAAUCUGGUUAUGAAUAAUAAUCCAUGGCAAAUAACACCGAUAAUUUAUUGUAUUCAUAAAAAUCAUAAAAUAAAGCUCUAAUUUUGAUUAAGAUAAUGAAAUCAAAUCACUAAUAAUAAUUAAGAUAAAAAAUAUGAUGAAAUUGAAUUUUUAAUUAGAACUGAUCAAUAAAAAAGAAUUUUUGCAACUGCAGGUUUUGAAUCUUAAAGUUUAGUUGCUUCAAAUAAAGAUUUAACUUCAAAAUCUUCAAAUAUUAUAUUAGAAAAUGAAGACUCUGACAUUAUACAAUAAUUAUGAAAUUGAAAUAUACAAGUAUUUUAAUAAUUAAUAUCUUAAGGGUUAAUAAAUUUAGAUGUGUCAAAGAAAUAAAUAUAUCAAAGUAUAAUUCAUUCAAAUUAAUUCUUCUAAAUAAUUUUAAAGAAAAUUAUUAUUAUUUAAUCAUGUUUGUGUAAAAUAUAUUUAAAAUACUUUAAUGA